AUGGCUAAAAAGACUAAGAAAGAUAAAGAUGCCAAAAAGGCUCGUGCUGAAGCUAAGGCCAAGAAGAACCAAAGCAAAGCUGAGAUCAAGGACAAGAAGAAAGCUAAGAAAAAUUUAGAUGGAGAAGACGAGGAUGAUAUGGAUAUCGAGGAAGUUCUAGCCAACUUCAAGAAAGAACAAGAACAGUUCGAGCAAAUUAACGUGGAGUCAGUGGAUAAACCAACUAGGAGAAUUAAUAGCUGUAUGAUCGCAAACCCUAACCAUGGUAAAAAAGAAUUGCUCUUGUUUGGCGGUGAAAACACCUCUCAAGAACAAGGUGUCACCCAUUUUUACAACGAUCUAUACACAUUUACGCCAGAUAAUGAUCUAUGGAAAAAAAUUACAUCUCAGAAUUCUCCAAUGCCAAGAUCUUCGGCUGCAAUGGCUGCUCAUCCAAGUGGUAUAGCGUUAUUACAUGGUGGUGAAUUUUCCUCCCCCAAACAAAACACUUUCUAUCAUUAUUCUGACACAUGGUUAUUGGAUUGUACGACAAGAGAAUGGACCAAAGUGGAACAAAAAAAUGGUCCAAGUGCUAGAUCUGGCCACAGAAUAACUGUUUGGAAAAAUUAUUUCAUAUUACACGGUGGUUUCAGGGAUUUAGGUUCUACUACUUCUUAUUUAAACGACUCUUGGUUGUUUGAUAUUACCUCUUACAAAUGGAGGCAAAUAGAAUUCCCACCAAAUCAUCCAGUCCCAGAUGCAAGAUCAGGUCAUUCAUUGAUCCCAACACAGGAAGGUGCUGUGUUAUGGGGUGGUUACUGUAAAGUUAAAGCUGGUAAAGGUCUACAAAAGGGUAAAAUCUUAGGCGAUUGCUGGUACUUGAAGAUGAAGGCUGAUCCAUCUGCUGUAAGAUGGGAAAGAAGGAAGAAACAAGGUUUCCAACCUUCUCCAAGAGUUGGUUGUUCUAUGGUACAUCAUAAAGGUAGAGGUAUAUUGUUUGGUGGUGUUUACGACUUUGAAGAAACUGAAGAAAGUUUAGAUUCCAUCUUUUACAACGAUUUAUUCAGUUACCAGAUUGAAUCGAAUAGAUGGUACGCAUUGCAAUUAAGAUCACAGAGAAAAAAAGUUGUGAGACUGAACAAUAAAAGUUCAAAGGAAAAAGAAUUAGAAUUACAGAACAUAUUGAAUGAAAUUUUAGAGAAAGCAAACUUAAAGGACGACGACGAAGAUGCUAAUGAGUUAUCCAAUGGGUUAGGAUCUGAUUCAGACUCAGAUGAUGAAUCUGAAAAAGUCUCAAAAAAAGAAUACAUAGUGAGAAAUCAAUUACCUCACCAUAGAUUCAAUGCGUCGACGACAGUAGUAGAUGAUACUUUGUUCAUUUAUGGAGGUGUGUGGGAACUAGGGGAAAAAGAUUAUUCUAUCGAUUCUAUGUACAGUAUUGAUUUAAAUAAACUAGAUGGUGUCACUGUAUACUGGGAAAACUUACAUGAUAUUGAAAAGGCUAAGGAACUAGGUGCUAUCAAUUCUGAUGAGGAAGAUGAAGAAGAUGAAGACGACGAAGAUGAUGAUGAAGAAGAAACUGUAGACCAAAAAUUAGUUGCAGAAGAAGAAGAAGAAGAAGAAGAAAUUGAAGAUGCAGAUGACAUGGAAAUUCCAGAUCCACGUCCUUGGUUACCACAUCCAAAGGCAUUCGAAUCAUUACGUAAUUUUUACGUUCGUACUGGUGCUAGUUUCUUGGAAUGGGCCAUUUCUAAUAACAAACAUACUAGAGGUAAACAUCUAAAGACAAAGUCUUUUGAGUUAUGUCAAGAUCGUUGGUGGGAAAGACGUGACCAAGUUCGUAUUGAAGAAGAUAAACUAGAAGAAUUAGGUGGCGUUGGUGAAGUCAUCGAGAAAGAUACCACAAAAUCCACUAAGAGAAGAUAA